AUGGCAGUGGACUGGAUUGGGUUUGGUUAUGCUGCUCUUUUGGUUUUUGGUGGCUUCCUUGGAUAUUCACGUAAAGGUAGCAUUGUGUCUUUAGCAGCUGGUCUUACCAUUGGGUCUGUUGCUGGUUAUGGGGCAUAUUGUGUUUCCCACAAUCCCCACGACAUCAAGAUAUCACUGAUUGCUGCACUAAUUCUGAGUAUAGUAAUGGGGCUGAGGUACAACCGUUCCAGGAAGCUCAUGCCUGCUGGGAUUGUUGCAGGUAUCAGCCUCUUCAUAGUCCUAAGACUUGUAUUGGGGCUCUUCUCUUAGACAACGUCUGCUAGAAACCUGCCUACGAUCAAAUAUUUCUCCUGGGAUUCCACAAGUGCUUCUGAUUAUAUUGUAUAUAUACAAUGAUUGUUUAUCAGAUCCCUUGAUUUAUGUAUUACACUAGGUUUUCAAUGUCUAAUCAUGUAAUGUCAUAUAAGAGUACAUGUAGUAAUCCUAUGUUGCUAGAACAUAUACAUGUCUGGUGUAAGGGAAUUGUCUUUGUGUUCACUUGGAAAUGCAACAGUAUUUCAUGUUUGUACCAGCUUAGUAGUAAUAGUAGUAGUAGUAAGCAAAACCUUUUCCCCUCAGUUAUGUCUGUACUCGUUAUAAUACUUUUGGACCACACCAUUGCGUCAUCUCUCUAAAAGAAACAAACAAAUACUAAAUUGACAUUCCAGUGACCAAACCCUUUUUCUUAUAUUUGUUUGUUCCUGAAUUGUUUUAUAUUUUUACCCUUUGUUAUUCUUUCUCUUAGCUUUCCCUUUCUUACAUGUCUUGAUCCCCCACCUACAGUUGCACUAAGUUGCUAUGAAACCCUCCAGUGGAUUCAAUUGCACCAUUUUUACUCUCUUUGCUUGUUAAUUGAUGUUAUACUAAAAGAAAAUUGCUUACAUUUAUAUCAUAUUAAGGUAAAGGUGCAUACAAUAUUAA